GUGAAACUCUUCGUUAUCCAGGAUGUCCCUUACUACCACAACCUGGUGACGAAGUACCUCCCUGGAGCCGAUCCCGAGCUGGUGCUGCUUGGCUAUCACUAUGAGGAGCUCGAGAGAAUCCCCCUCAGUGACAUGACCCGGGAGGAGAUCAACCAGCUGCUCAAGGAGCUCGGCUUCUACCGCAAGAACAGCCUGGACGAGCCCGUCCCGCCCGAGUACCAGAGCGCCCCAGCGAAGGCCCCCAAGGGAGAGGCCCCAACGCCAGCGCCCCACGGGGACGCCAUGCCCUCGCGCCUGGAGCUCUAGGCCGGCGGGCACCAGGCUCCCCGCCAGGACCAUGCCGUGCCCCCUGCUCACUCCAGGAGGGGCGGCAGCGGGACCCCACCUACAGCACCCCCCACCCAGCCACCAGGGACAGGAUGAAGCUCUCGGCUCAAAGGGUUCCCCCGCUGAGGGCGGAUGGACACGUCCCUGGGGGCAGGCCGGGGUGUGCACAGGCUGGGGCUGAGGGCUUCCCCCUCCCCCCCCAGUAAAGUCCCCUUUCCAGUC